UUAUCCAGCUCUAAUGAAAGGGCUGGUGGGAAGCGGCUUUGCCAGGGAGCCCCGUGUGUCUGCGACCUAGCUGUGGCUGCCAUGGCAACGCGCUCUGUUGGGGACAGCCUACAAAUGACCAGGACAGGCGGCUUAGAAGGGGACCCAAAAUAAAUACAGAGAGUCUUCACUAAGGGCUAUAACUAUUCACGCAAUUUACACCUACAGAAAAAUAAGCAUUUAAGACAUUCACAGUACAUCUUAGGAAUGAUAAAUCCACUCUUUCCAUCAGGCAUUUAUUUGAAACACAUCCCCAGUCUUAAGUGCUUGACUAGCUGUUAAAUUGUGGCCCUUGACACUUCACCUUCAACCCCCUGGGAUGCUAAUUAGCUAUUCAAGUGUCGGCAGCCGGUUAUUUAAUGGACAAACUAACAAAAUGUCAUUAAAAUGGUUAAUUAUCAUCAAGAGUUAGAUUAGAAAGUAUCUAAUCCUGCAUUUGCUACUAUGCUGUAAUACAUAAGGGUAAAUAAUUUCAAGCCGUUUCUUUAGGUUUAGUUGAUGUUGCUCUUAUUUUUAUUACAUACAAAAGUGCGCAAGAUAACGUCAAAAACGUAUAAAUUCCUCAGUAAUAACCCAGCAUGUUGUAAUUUAUAAGGAAAUCCAUAUGGCAUGCAACAUGGCCCAACACGCCAACAUUUCGAUAAAUUAAUACUUUGUCAUCAUAAGUAAAUUAAAUGUGUCACUGGGAAUACAGCCUACAUCUCAUUAUUCACCUUGCAUGCGAAUAUAACAUUAUGAAAUGCAUGAGCCUAGAUUAUUCUGCAGUAUUACUGGAAAGAAGGAGGAAAAAGACUCUGGAGAUUAUUUAAUUGAAGGAUGAAAAAUGUAAGUGUAAUUAACCAUACCAUGCCUUUCUCAGCUCAAAUAAAGUUCCGCUCUUUGUGAAAGUGUGGGGGGCAGUGCUCUGGUCCCCUUUUUGCUUUUCAGGUUGCCUAGCAGAACAACGCUGGAAUUUCCGGUCGGCUUUCCACUCACGCUCCGGGCGGACUUGGGGAAAGUCGCAGCCGAGCUAGAAAUGGAGUUUGCGAAAUUAUCUGUGGUUCUCAACUUGCUCUGCGUGGUGGCUGGCGACAGCUGCUCUCUAGAGCUGCGUCCCUCACGCGCAGUGGUGAGGUUCGGGGACCCCAUCACCGUGAGCUGCGUCGCCUCACGGCCCGUCCGCGUUCUGGGCUGGGAGGCCGCUGUUGGCGCAGCCCACACGCAGCGUGACCAGACCAUCCAGUGGGGAGUGGACAGUCUGACUGACUGGAUUGAGGAGCCCAUAUGCUACGGAGUGUUCUUCACUGCACCCAGACAGUGCGAGGAGAAGCUCCACCUUAUCCUCUACAAGACCCCAGACAGCAUCUCCAUCAGUUCACUGAACCAGAGUGGUCCGAUGCUGGAGGGGAGACAAUAUGAACUUCAGUGUGAAGUUCAGAACAUCGCCCCAGUUCAGUACCUCAAUCUUAGGUGGUACAGAGGGCAGAUUGAAGUUUAUAACCACACCUUCUCUGAGCUCACACCUCCGUCACCGGUCCAAGUGUCCUCCACCCUCCUGAUCACCCCCAGCAGAGCUGAUGAUGGAGCACAAUACAGGUGUAUGGCAGAGCUGGACCUGGGACCAGAAGGACCUCAACCUCCCUUGAAUAUGACAUCACAGCCCCUCAGUGUUAUUGUGCAUUAUGCCCCUUCAUUCUCCGGCCCAAGUGUAGAGGCACUGGAAGUGAAGCAGGGUGAGGAGGUGAGGCUAAACUGCACAGCUGAGGGAAACCCCCCUCCCGUCUACUCAUGGAGCACCCCCCACUCCCAGGAAAAGCUCACAGCCGAGCCAGUGCUCACCUCCACCACACUGCCAGCUGGGACCUACACCUGCACAGCCUCCAAUAAGCUGGGAGAGCAAAGCAAGCAGUUCACCAUCAAGCUUAAGCCAUAGGUUGAACUCCUUAAAUUUGCAUCAGAUGAACCUCACAGAGAAACCUUGACACACCAGUCUGUGAAAUACAUCGCAUUUGCCUCCUUCCAUUAAGUAUCUGGUGUGAUACAGGAAUCAAUAGUCUAGUGUUAGUUUUAUAUUUUUAGCAUAACUGAAAUACCGUUGUGUAAACAGAUGUAAUUAGCUCUACAAAUGUAAAUUUAGUUGUACGUUAUCUAAUUUUAACUAAACAAUCUAUAGUACAUAUUAUAUGCACAAAUACCUAUAUGAAUAAAGUUUGUACUUUUCCUCCAUUUUGUGGAAACCAAAUGCAUUUCUCUUUCCGGAUCAUUACAGUCAUUAAAAGAAUGGUCUUUGAACAUGUU